UCUAAGUAGUCUGUGGUCAAUUUGCCAAUGUUGUUUUGUUUGUUUCAUUGUUGUGAAAAAUAAUUUUUCUUAAAACCUUAAAAACCUACCUACUUAAAUGAAAUUCUAGGAAUAUACAUAUUAACACGUACCUACCGAAUCAGACAUGAACAUCCCAUUCCCUGUACUUACUCCAAGAUUACUAGAUUCAAAGUGGUUUAAUGCUGAUUGCCCGUGUGAUGAAGAAGCUGAACUGGCUGCGUUAGAGCAAGCCAACCAGCACUGGCUAAGCUCAAUUGGUCAGCAAUACAUGAAGCGGGCACCACUGGGCAAAACUGACCCUGAGCCGAUUGAUGAGGAGGCAGACACUGAUGAAGAAGAAGGGAAUGAUGAAUCAGAUGAGUCUGAAGAUUCUCAUGAUGAAGAUGAAGACGAGGAGCUGCGGACAUCAUACUCUCCUGUGAGAAACAAUAACGAGCUUGAGCCGGACAGUCUGGAUGAUUUGAAUGAUGCCCCAGAACUUAAUACAUCUAACAGUCCACUAUGGCUUAAUCAACAAGUUAAUUGACUCUGUGGGAUCAUAAGUUAAAAAUUUAAACUAACUUUGUAUAAGUUAAAUUUUCAAAAAACAAUAAAUUAUUAUUUUAUAAA